AAGGAAAGCGGGACCCACGCUCUGCCGGCACGUGCGGGAAGGCAAGGGAAGCGCUUGAGCUGCCGCGGCGAUGGCGGCUUUGUUCGUGGAGGGUUUGCUGGCGCGCGCCGAAGAGCGCGAGGCCGAGACCCAGCGGAGCGUGACGGUGCACAAGGAGCUGGACUUGGAGUUCGACGUGGGGAACUUGCUGGCGGUGGACAAGAACCCUGCGCCGCGCGCCGUGGCGCGAGAAGGAGGAGCCGCCGCCGCCGCCUCCUCCCCCCAGCGCGAGGCCCUCCUGCGCGCCUUGGCCCGCGACAACGUGCAGCUGCUGGUGGGCCAGCUGUGGGCGCUGCCGUCGGAGCGAGCCGGGGGCCUGGCCGGGCCGGUGGUGGCGCGGCUGCCGGAGCCUUCGACCCGCUUGCCCAGGGAGAAGCCGCUGCCCAAGGCCCGGCCGCUCACCAAGUGGGAGCAGUUCGCCAGGCUCAAAGGCAUCCGCCCGACGCGGAAGAAGCGCGGCACUUUGGUCUGGGACGAGGCGGCCAAGGAGUGGCGGCGGCGCUGGGGCUACCAGCGGGCCGGCGGAGACCCUUCCCGCGACUGGCUGCUGGAGGUGCCGGACUCGGCCGACCCGCUCGAGGACCAGUUCGCCAAGCGGCGCCAGGAGAAGCGCGAGAAGGUGGCGCGCAACGAGCUCAACCGCCUGCGCAACCUUGCGCGCGCCCACCGGGGCGGCGCGGCCGCGGAGCUGCACCCCACCGGCCACCAGGACCGAGCCGAGCUGGGCCGCGUCACCGCCCUGGCCCGCGUCUCCACCGCUUCCCGCGGCCGCUUCCAGCCGCGCCUUCCGAAGGAGCCCCCGGCGCCUCAGAGCGCCUCCCGCGGAAAGAAGCGCCGCUUCGCGCCGCUGCUCGGAGAUCUCGAAGGGGAGAAGAAGCGGCAGCUGGAACUGGUCCGGAGCCUGAGCAGCAAGAAGUCGCCCCUGGACCUGACCCGCGCCGUCAACAAGCAGCUGCGCGAGGAGGAGGCCCAGGCUGCCGGAGCCAAGGGCAAGAAGCGGGAGCAGCGCGGCAAGAGGGCUCGACGGCAGCAACAGAGACCCGGCGGUGGGGCCAAGGGCAAGAAAAGCGGAGGGGCAGCCCGAAGAGGAGGGGGCCAGGCCAGGCCCGGAGGCAUCGGUGGCAAGAGGAAAAGGAAAUGAGCCUUACCGGGAUAGGAUGGGAGUCUGGGUUAAGUAAGGGCAGGAGCAGCGCUACCCGGUUACAUGAGCUCCAGAAACGGAGUGUUUCCCCCAGAAUCACCCGCCCCACCACGAACUGUUGCUGCUUGAUAAGCAAAGGUGGCCUUGACUGUCUGAGACUUUUUCCUCCAGUUCGACAGUGGCCUUGACUUUGUGGGGCUACAUAAAAAGGGGAAAAUUUUACUUCUCUAAAAUAAACUGAAUAAUUGCCCUGACUGAAGUAGAGUUGCAAGUGUUGCUGAUAAGGCUGAUGACUGUGAGGGGAACUUUUCACCUGGCAAAAGUGAAAAGGAGUAAUGUGUUUUUCUAAGACAUAAAACAUAAUCAUUUGAUAGCAGUAUUUGUGUGAAUCCUUGCAUAAGAAGCAUUGUAAGGCUCUGAUGAAGCAUAUAAUUAAAAAUGGAAUUUCCGUAAUGUUCAUUUUUUAGACUUCACUGUAAUUUAGUCAUAAAAUGUCCAGAGAAUCCUGACAAGGGUUUGUGGAGCUGGAAUAUUUAGAGGGCUCUAUUGCAUACAAAAUAAAUUACUUCUAUUCUUCA